AUGCUGUCAGCCCUCAGAUCCAUCCGAAGUCCCUCGAGACGAGCGCUCUCGCAACUUCGCACGGCAGCAACACAAGCUCAAAGGCGCGCAGGCGAUAUUUCCGACGCGUUCGCCUCGCUUUCUGGCCAAGAAUUCAAGCCGCUGACAUCCGAAUACGCAAGCCUCAAAGGUCGCCUGGUUCGGGGACAUGAAAGUCAAGUACGAGAAUCUUGGGAACGGCUGCUCCAGAAUUUACGCGAGGAGAUCCCGCUCAUAGUCGAACUGGGCUCGGAUGUAAUUCCUCAGAUCGAAUUCAAAGACAUCAAUAAUGCGCCAGAGGCGUUUGGAAAUGAGCUCAGAAAGAGAGGCGUAGCUGUUGUAAGGAAUGUGGUACCAGAGCAAGAUGCACUGCAAUGGAAGGAGCAGUUGAGACAGUAUAUACGGCAGAACCCUCAGACGAAAGCUUUCCCCGCCGACAAUCCUCAAGUCUUCGAGUUAUACUGGUCUCGCGUCCAGCUUCUGGCUCGUGGACACCCAAAUCUCCUCGAAACUCACCGAUUCCUCAUGUCACAUUGGUACAGCGCCAACCCUCACGCGCCGCUCUCUACGAAACACUCUAUAAGCUAUGCAGAUCGCCUGCGCAUGCGCCUGCCUGGUGACGCCAAGUUUGCAUUGGGACCGCAUGUAGAUGGCGGUAGCGUAGAACGCUGGGACGAAAACGGAUAUGGGUUGGGCAAAGUCUACGAUUCCAUCUGGAAAGGGAAAUGGGAAGAGUUUGAUCCGUGGGAGGCCAGCUGCCGUCUACGCGUUGUAUCAGAUCUCCACCAAGGCGUAGGAGCUUGCACUGCAUUCCGCAUGUUCCAAGGUUGGCUUUCGCUUAGCACGACCGGACCUUUCGAGGGCACUUUGCUUGUUAACCCGUUGCUUGCCAAGGCGACAGCUUACUAUCUUCUACGGCCGUUCUUCUCGCCUAAAAGAGGUGUCGACUCUGGCGCGCAGACAACAUCGGAAGCCAUUACCAAUUCAACAGACUUUCUUGCCUCGGACAAUUGGGAGAUGGACGCUACCCCUUCACCAUGGGUGCAUGGCGCUACUCCAGGACAUGGUCAAGAGCUUUCUCAUCUGCUCCAUCCUCACCUGCAGCUGCAGAAGUCCAUGGUCCACAUGCCCACAGUCAGACCCGGGGAUUAUGUAGCCUGGCACUGCGAUACGAUCCACGCAGUCGACAAGACUCAUGCUGGAAAGUCCGACUCGAGCGUGUUAUACAUCCCAGCUUGCCCAAUGACGGAGGACAAUGCGAACUAUCUGGUCCGUCAGCGUGAGAACUUCGUCAACGGCACGCCAAGCCCGGACUUUGGCGGAGGCAUUGGCGAGAGCGAGCAUGUGGGGAGUAUUAGGGUCGAGGACAUGGAGCAAUUGGUUGGCGAUGAAGGCUGCAGAGUCAUGGGUCUCAAAGAGUGGGACGGCGAUGCUGCGGGCUUGACUCCUGGCGAGAGGGUCAUAUUGGAUAGAGCGAACACGAUACUGGGAUUUUACGACUGA